AUGGUGAAAAAAGCGGAACCGACGAAAAAAGAUCCGGCAAGUUAUGCGAAUUUCACAGAGAUUACUGUGACGAAUAUCGAUUUGAAAUAUGUUGUUGAUAUGGAUGAGAGAACGAUGGAAAGCGAAGCAGAGUAUGAGUUGGAAGUGUUGCAAGAUGGAGUGCAACUUAUUUCAUUCGACACUCGUGACUGUGAGAUUCAUUCGAUCACUUUGAAUGGCCAAGCAUCUUCAUGGAAAAUUCAUCCCGCCGAGAAAAAAUAUAAAGGAGAAAAUUUGAUAAUAGAAACGCCUAAAGGGAUGCAGAAAGGACAAAAGAGCAAGCUUUUCAUCAAGUUUACCGUCAAAUCAACCUCGUUAGCACUUCAAUGGAUGACGAAGGAGCAAACGAUUGACAAGAAAUACCCGCUGAUGUUCACCUACAAUCAGCCGAUAAACGCGCGUGCCAUUGUGCCUUGCAUGGACACUCCGUCAGUGAAAGCAACGAUUAAUUAUGAGAUUUCGGCUCCAAAUCCUCUCCAAGUACUCUGCGCAGCAGUUGAGUCAAAAGAGCCAACAAAUGACUCAAAUCAUCCGAAUCAUCGAAUCUUUCACUAUCGACAAAAGAUCCCAAUCCCAUCCUAUCUCAUCGCUUUCCUCGUUGGGCACUAUGUCUCAGCCGAGAUUUCUGAUCGAAUUCGUGUUUGGACUGAGCCAUCGAUCCUUGAGAAAGCUCGCUAUGAACUUGAAACGACUGAAGAACAACUAAAACUUGCUGAAUCGAUUUUGGGAAAAUUCGUGUGGGAACGAAACGAUCUCGUCGUUUUGCCUAACUCGUUCCCAUUUGGUGGCAUGGAAAACCCGAAUAUGAUCUUCUUAACACCAUCGCUUUUGGCUGGUGACCGCUCACUCGUCCAUCUAGUUACUCACGAGUUGGUCCACUCAUGGUCAGGGAAUCUCGUCACGAAUGCAACUUGGGAACACAUGUGGCUAAACGAGGGUUUCACGAAAUAUUACGAGCGGCGAAUCUUAGGCGCACAAUUUGGCGAGCAGCGACGUGACUUUAGCAAUUUGAAUGGAUGGACGCAAAAUUUGCGGCCUGUGGUUUACGAGCAAUUCGAUCCGGAGCACCCGUGGACAGCGUUGGUGCAAGAUCACUCAAUUGAGGGAGAUCCGAUCUCAUCUUUUUCAAUGAUUUACUACGAAAAGGGUCAAGCUUUUCUCUACACAAUUGAGAAAAUACUUGGAAAAGAGGAACUUGAUCGAUGGUUUCACAAGUAUUUGGAGGAUUUCUCGGGAAAAGCUCUGAAUACGGAUCAAUGGAAAGAGCAUUUUUGCACGUUUUUCGCUGACAAAGCUGAACUCUUGGCAAAGAUUGAUUUCGAUGCGUGGAUGUAUGGAAAAGGGAUGCCACCAGUCAAGCCAAACUAUGACGAUUCCCUUCAAGUCCAAUGUCAAAUCUAUGCCGAUCUCUGGGUGACAGCUGAUGAGAAAACGGCUGAAACGAUUGACACAACCACCUACAAUCAUUUCAAUCCGCAUCAAAAGAUCGAAUUUAUCAGCAUUUUAAGGAAUCAUGAGAAAACGAUGUCGAAAGAAACGCUGGCCAUUAUGGAGAAGCGUUUACAUUUGGAAACGCUUACAAAUGUCGAAAUGGAAUACUUAUACUACUUGCUAGGGUUGAAGACACGGUGGGAGCCGAUCAUCGAUCGAGCGAAGAGUUUCGUCGAGAGAUGUGGACGACUCAAGUUCUCGCGGCCCGUUUACAGAGAGCUUCUCGGUUGGGAGAGAACUCAAAAAGAGACGAUUGAUUUAUUCAAUCGUUGUCGCUCACAAAUGCAUCCAUUAGGAGUCGAGUACACGAUGAUCGAGCUAAAAAAGUUCAAUGAAAAU